GCAGCCGAGCCCAGGCCGGCCAGUCAGUGACUCGCCGUGCCUUACGACACACGUGCCUUCCGUAACAAUUAACCAUUGAAAACUUUACGAUCGAGUGAUGAACGCGUGUUAGUGCUUCCGAAUGGUGCAAGUGUGUGAUAGUGAGGGACAGGGGCAGCUGAAGAUGGCGAGGUCCCCUCGCAGGGUGCCCUCCCGGAGGAGCCGGAGCCGCUCCAAGGAGCUCACCAGACUGCGGAGUCAGCUCAAUGGAAAAGGCUCAAUCCAGCCGAAUGGUGAUUGGAUGACUAUCUCCGCCCGGUCCCCGAGCAAGGACUCAUCGCCACCGAAGCAGAUAAACUUCGCCGAGCCGCUGGUAGAGUCGGUGCGCGUGUACCUGGCCAAUGAGCUGCCCUCCAAGCAGCUAGCGCUCGUGCCGCUCGUGCCGCGCGCUCCCUCGCCUCCCGCACCGGCACCUGCCGCGCCACCCGCCAGCGAUGUCGACAUAGCGGCGCACACCGCGCGCGACGAGAUCAAAGGCAUCAACUUCGAGGGGCGGUUCAAACGGAAUGACCUGAACAACAACGCGUCGCGCCCCCAGCCCUCGCCGCAGCGCGCCAUGCCCAGCCAGGCGGAGCUGAUGCAGCGCCAGCCCCUCCUGGCGCGCGCCGCCAAGAAGGACGCGCCGCAGCCCGCCACCGACGACUCCGACCCCGACCAGGAGCACUCGCCGCAGCGCGCGCACGCCGGCGAGUUCGUCGUCGAGAUCCCGCCCGGCACCGUGCGCGAGGAGCGCUACCCCAAGGAGAUAUGGAAGACCAUCCUCUCCUUCUUCUUCCUGUUCCUGUGCGUGUGCAUCAACAUGAUGUCGCUGUCGCUCGUCCACGAGCGGCUGCCCGAUAGAAACAAAACGGAGCCCCUCAACGACAUAGUGCUGGACAAUAUAACCGCGAGAGAUUGGGGCCUGGCGGUGUCCGAGUACCUCAUCAUGGUGUCCACGACGGUGGCCAUGCUCGUGGUCGUGUUCCACAAGCACCGGUUCAUCGUGGCGCGCCGCUUGUUCUUCAUCAUCGGCCUGCUGUACUUGUACCGGUCGGUCACCAUGUUCGUGACCGUGGUGCCGGUCUCCAGCAAAACUUACUACUGCAGCCCGAAGAGCAACGCCACGACGCCGCUGCUGGUGAUAAAACGGAUGUUCUAUCUGAUAUCAGGGUUCGGCCUGUCGAUCAACGGCAAGCACACGUACUGCGGCGAUUACAUAUACUCGGGGCACACGAUGGUGCUCGUGCUGAGCUACAUGAUAGUGGCGGAGUACUCGCCGAAGAAGCUGUGGCCCGUGCACUGGGCGAUGUGGGGCUCGGCGCUACUGGGCGUUUCGUUCGUGCUGCUGGCGCACAGCCACUACACGGUGGACGUGGUGAUCGCAUACUACGUGACCACGCGGCUGUUCUGGACGUUCCACUCGCUGCUGGUGACGCCGCACCGCAACGGCAGCGGGUACAACUACCACAUGAUCCAGCGCGAGUGGUGGUACUGGCUGUUCACAUACCUGGAGCGCAACGUGCGCGGGCCGCUGCCGCGCCGCUACGACUGGCCGCUGCCGUGGCCGCGCACCAAGCUCUUCAGCCGGCUCAGCUAGUGACGCGCGCGCGCCGCGCUGCCGCCGCCCCACCGCGUAUGACGCUCACCUUCUGCGAGUGCCGCUUCAGCACCUGCAGCUCCUUGGGACUGGUCCGCGUGCAGAUGGCCAGCGUGAGCGUGUAAUCGAACUGGUGCACGAUCAAGUUCAAGUAGACGGUCUCUUCCCAGUCGAUCUCCGGGUCGCCGAUGGGCAGCUUCUUGGAAUCUUUGCGGAAAACCUCCACCUCCGUCU